GUUGUUUUUUUGAUAGGCUAUAGCUUUUGUGUUAAAUGAGAUUGAAAAAGAAGAGAAAGCAACUUGGGCUUUGUCAUCUCUUGUCUCCCCUCUCUCUCUCUCUCUCUUGAUUAAUUAAUUGGAACUCUGCUUUGAUUCCAUUUCUUUAUCACCUUCUCUGUAACUCCCAUCUCUAUCUUUUCGCCAUCUCCCUCUCUGUUUGAUAAUCAGAUUUUUUUAUACUUCAAGCCAGAAGCAAAGAAGAAAUAAAAUAAGAUCCAUGGGAGAAGAGACUGCUGUAAACAAGUUACAGGAACAAGGACAAGAAGAAGAAGAAAAAGAAAGCCAGAAGAGAUCUACAAUAGAUACUGCUUCUUCUUAUGCAAAAGCAAAUUCCAAGCCUUCAAAAGACAAGAAAAUAGAAAACCAAGCAUCCAAAAGAAGGAAGGUGGUUCAGAAGACUGUGGUCACAGUGAGAAUAGAAGCAAAUUCUGACAGACAGAAAAGUGAAGGGCCACCUUCUGAUUUUUGGUGCUGGAGGAAAUAUGGACAGAAACCCAUCAAAGGAUCUCCUUACCCAAGGGGCUAUUAUAGGUGCAGCACAUCUAAGGGUUGUUCAGCUAAAAAGCAAGUAGAGAGAUGUAGAACGGAUGCUUCAAUGCUCAUCAUAACCUACACCUCCAGCCAUAACCAUCCAGGUCCUGAUCUCCACACUAUCGACCCAAACCAACAAUCACAACCAACCCCAGAAAGUCAGCCCACUGAGGAACUCCCUGCCACCAUACUACAACAACAACAACAACAGACAAUUACUAGUGAGGAAGAGGAAGAUGCCCAAGAAAACCAUCUCCAAUACUCCCAAUCUCCUAUGGAUUGCUCACAGGACAACCCCGCCAAGCAGGAAGAAGACCCUUCAACAACAGAACCAGAGAAGACCCAAAACUCAUUAAAUCUCCUCUUUGAUGAAAAUAAUCCUCUCUCCUUUCCCCCUCUUAUGACAUUCCCAACCUCCAAAGCGGAAGAAAAUGACUUCUUUGAUGAGCUUGAAGAGCUACCCAUAUCUUCAUCUUUAAGUGGCAUCAUGAGGAGUAAUUUCUUUGAUGAAAGGAUCCUUAUUCUUCCAUUCUGAGAGCAUUUAAGCAAAUGUAGCAGAAAUGCUCAGAUAUCAUAUUAAUUAUCAUAGAGCACUAGUGUAUGUCUUUGAUUGUAACUUUUAUUUGUUUAUUGAAAAGGAGGAAAGAAGUGACUCUUCUCUGGGCUGA